AUGGAAACCGGACCGGACCUUGAGUCCCAAAAACCAAACCCGCAGGUUGAUUCGCCCCAUGAUUCGGAAGACGAGUUAGCUCUCAAGCCUCAGCAGUCAAAUGCCUAUGGCAUCCCAACAUGGCGCAAAUCACUCAUCCUGUUCAUCGUCAGCUGGAUGACUCUAGCCGUCACCUUCUCCAGCACUUCCUUACUACCCGCAACCCCGGAGAUCGCUACUGAGUUCUCUACGACAUCGGAGAUCCUCAAUGUCACCAAUGCCGGUGUGCUGAUUGCCAUGGGAUUCUCGUCUCUUAUCUGGGGUCCUAUUGUAAAUCUAUUUGGGCGUCGAAAUGCCUACAACGCCGCUAUCCUCGUGCUGUGUGCGUGCUCGGCCGGCACCGCCGUGUCGAUCAAUUUGCACAUGUUCAUUGCGAUGCGCAUUCUAAGUGGCUUCACCGGUACUUUCUUUAUGGUCGCUGGACAGACCAUCAUUGCGGACAUCUUUGAACCAACUGUGCGAGGAACAGCUGUCGGAUGCUUCAUGGUUGGGUCUGUCAGUGGACCUGCUAUCGGACCCUGUAUCGGUGGCAUCAUCGUCACGUUUGCUCAGUGGCGCAUCAUUUACUGGCUGCAAUUCGGAAUGACCUUGCUUGGUCUCAUUUUAUCGCUUCUCUUUGUGCCAAGUAUCCAGGAAAAGAACCGAGUGAUAGGCUCCAACCAACCCUGGAAGCUUUGCACCGUUAUAAGCAUGUUCAAUCCUUUGCGCAUCUUCCGCCAAUUUGUGUAUCCGAAUGUGUUUCUUGCUUGCCUCACCUGUGGCCUUCUUUCUACAUUCCAAUACGCCAUUUUAACAUCAGCCCGCUCAAUCUUCAACCCUCGAUUCCACCUAACGACUCCUCUGGUCAGUGGUCUAUUCUAUCUCUCUCCGGGAAUAGGCUUCCUCAUCGGCAGCGUCGUUGGCGGCAAGCUGUCCGACCGCGCUGUAAAGAAAUGGAUCCUCAAACGAAACGGCGUUCGGCUGCCUCAGGACCGACUGAACAGUGGGAUUGCCACGCUGUUUGGGGUUCUACCAGCCGCAACUCUGAUAUACUGUUGGACUUUGGAAGAAGAGGUGGGUGGUAUGGUUGUACCCAUCAUUGCCGCUUUCUUUGCAGGCGUGGGAUUGUUGGGUGCUUUCAAUGCUCUGAAUACUUACUCGGCCGAGGCUAUGCCACAUGCACGCUCCGAAACCAUCAGCUGCAAGUAUAUUGUGCAGUAUAUUUUUGCGGCGGCGGCGACCGCGGCCGUCGAGCCUCUAAUUGGUUCCAUAGGAGUAGGGUGGACAUUUACUAUUUGCGUGAGCCAACUUCCGAUCAAGAUCAGGAAGCUCGGGACUCUCAAAGAAGAAAAUUUGUCGCCUGUCAAAGAUGCCACUCCCACAAGAUCAAAUGUUCCGGAGACCUGCCGUGUAGUAAAUGUCGGGCGCUAUUUAGAUCAGAUCCUUGCAGAAAACCAGCGAUUAAGGGAGCAGUCGGCCGCCUCGGUGCAAGCAGCCGAUGUUAACGAUUCCACGCGAUCCGAGAGAGGGCCCUCUCGCCCUACAGAUGCCACAGAUGCAACCGGCAUUCAGAACCCGCUGAUCGGAGACCGUGCCUGGUUUCAUCGGUAUGAUCCCUCCUCGCCGCCCAUCUACAUCGGCGAGGCAGCAUGUUCGGCAUUCGCAACUCGGUUUCGCCGUUUCUUGACGGGAAACAGCGCGAUGCCCCAUAUCGCGCGAACGCAGUAUGAGCGUGAAGAGACAAUCGCUGCUGCGAACGAAGCCGACAUCCAGUGGCCGACUCUUCACCAUGCUCGGCUAUUGGUCAAAAUCGCAAUCCACCAGAUAGGCCAUUUAUACCACCUCAUGAUGCGCAAGUCGACUCUAGAUAAACUGGAAGAGAUAUACCAGACACAGGAUUUUGAUUGCACGGCUAACAAGUGCAAAUUCUUUGCUCUGUUUGCUUUCGGGCAGGCAUACUCGAUUCGAUCCGAGCCUUUUUCUGGAUCUAGAGUACCCGGCACGUCGUACUUUGCUCGGGCUAUGGGACUGGUUCAAAUAUUGCCGGAACGAACAAGUGUUACACAUCUAGAAACCUUGCUCUUACUGUCUCUGUUCUCAUACUAUCUCAACCGGCGCCAUUCAGCAUACAUCCUGAUUGGAAACGCCAUGCGGAUGGGCCUGACAAUCGGGCUGAAUCACAACAUCCCCGAAUCCCAGCUCAUCGAUCCAGUCGAGCGCCAGCACCGCAUCCAGAUCUGGUGGACAAUCUACAUCUUCGACCGAAUGUGGGGCUCCAAAAUGGGCCUCCCGAUGCAAAUCCUUGACGAAGACAUCCACGUCGACAUGCCAUCGACCAUCUCCCCACGCUGGCGCCACGAAGAAGAACUUUCCGACACAGAAUACAUGACUGCAAACAUCAAACUAGCCCGCAUAGUCGGCGAGACAAUCACAAAGCUCUACAGCCGCCGCAAAUAUCAAGAAACCUUCCUCCAGCGCGUGCAAAAGCUCCUCAAAGCCCUAAAAACAUGGGUCGAGUCCCUCCCCGAAUCCCUCCGCCUCAACAUGGAAGACCUAGAAUCAAGCAAGAAACCAAUCGUCUCUCUCCACAUGGCCUUCAACCAAUGCGUGAUCCUAUCCACGCGCCCAACCCUCCUCCACCUCCUAAUGACACUAAGCCAAGCAAAAGCAAAGACAACAGCGCCAAACGCCAGGAGCGGAACUGAGCCCCAGUCAGAAAGAGACAAUAUAUCCGUCUCCCAGCCGGUCCUGACGCUAAGCGAGGCCUGCAUCCAUGCAGCGCGACACUCGCACUCCAUGAUCCUCACACGCUGGAUAAACGGUUCUAUGCCGACAUUCGGCUAUUUCCACGCCCACUACCUGUUCUCCUCGGCGCUGAUCCUGGCCAUGUCCAGCUUCGUCCCGAUCGGCAAUCCGGCCGACAUGACCGGCUUCGACUCAGCGCUGGAUUUGCUGCGCUCCAUGACCGAGAACGGGAAUCUGGCUGCUGCGGAGUUCUAUACGAAUCUCGAGCAGGUCAAGGUUUGUCUGGGUGUUUAUCGCGGGGCGAGCAGAUUGAAGGUUCCUCGGGGCGAGGGCAGUGUGGAAGUAGUGGGAGCGGGAGCGGGAGCGGGAGGUGUCGUGCAUGGUCAUGUCGGCGCGGGUGGACUGGCUGGUUCUGCGUCUGGGCUUCCUGGGAUGGCACCAACAACAACUAAUCCUUCUCUGCACUCCAUGCCGCUUGCUUCUACAUCUGCAUCUGCAUCGCCGGCGUCGUUGAUGCCAACGAACGAAAUGCUCCCUUCUGCUUCCACUGCCCCGGCGAUGCAAGGACCUGGCGUUGAUGCAUAUGCUUUCCCCGUGCGCGAUACGGUUGGCGGAUACACGACAGAAAUGGCAUUUCUGGAGCCGACGAUGCAGGAUUUCCUCGCGCAAUCGGAUAUCGAUCUCGGGCUGCUACACCCUGUUGAUACGUUUUUCAACGAGGCGGAGAAUCUUUAUACGUGUCAUGAGUUAUGA